GGCCGAAAUUGAGCCCAAAUUUAGUAAUUGGGCUGACGACCCAUUCUGUAUUUAUUUAAAGCUGAAAUAGGAAAUACUGGAGAGAACUGACGACGAAAUCUCACCGGAGACAAGUCCAGAUCCCAGUUCUACUUCCCUUCUCCGGCGCACUGUUUGUGUUCUCUCUCGCCGGCACAAUGCCUUUUAGGACGGUGGUGGAGGUGGAACCGCCGAGUCCGUUGCGGUACUUGAUCGGAGCGGCGGGGGGGAUGAUGGGCGUCGUGUUGCCCGUCGGUUACAUGAUGUUUCGCAACAAGCGCGGCCCCUUCUCCUCUUCUUACUCUAAACAGACGUAGGAACAAAGUUUUGAUAUAGAGAGCGGAUUGGCUUCGGUUUGAGUGCAACUGAGUGCCUGAUAGAUGGACAUGGAUACGUAGACGAAUGAAUGUGAAUCUGUGCCUCUGCUUGUUCCAUGGAAAGUGAGUACAUUUUCCUAAUUGUAUUGUUCCUUUUUGCUUAGGUUAUUCAACUUGGGUUAUGUAUUAUUCGUCUGACUGUCUUUGGUGAUGUAUAUCGGUACUAGAGGAGGAAAGAGCCAAGUGAUAUUAUUUUUUGAGACAUUAGAUGAA